AUGGACCAUCUCCUUGGACCGGUAGCACUUGAAGCACAGGAAACCACCCCCCCCACACUGGUCAGUGCGCUGGGAUAUCUCGGUGCCAGCUCGCAGUUCAAAUACCUGUACUUCCUGACUGGUCGACACGACUUGCCGUUCUUCUACGACGAAUCCGUCGAGCUCCAGCGAUCGUUCCUGGAUGCCUGUUUGAAAGGCGAGGACCGGGAGGGAUGGCUGGUGCCUGGCAAGGUUGCGCCGGUGAAUUUGUGUAUCCGACGGGGAAACCCAGGUUAUAGCAACCCCGAGGCGGAACGGAGGACGUUUCCUCGAAGGAUGGAACAGGAGUGGCCAUUGGCGAGGACCAGGUACACGGACUAUCACCUGCACCCGGUUGGCACUCUAGGCCUCGACAAGCCGUCGAAGGGGGCCGUGGUGAAAUGGGAAGCUCUAGACUCGACAUCAAGUGUUCGUUUCAAGAAAAAGCCGGCCGAGAAGGAGAUUGAGAUCACAGGCCAUCCAUCGGUUCGGCUCUCAGUGUCAGCUAGUCCUCUCAAUGGCUCAACACCCACCGAGAUCGACUUGUUUGUCACUCUUCGACACUACGACGCUGCCAACCAAGAAAUAUUCUACACUGGCGCCACGGGAGAUGCGGUGCCUGUGGUUCGAGGCUGGCUGCGAGUUUCGCUGAGGAAGACUGUCAGUAGCCCUGGCCCUCUCAGCGCAAUCAUGCCCGAAAGGGACUACUAUUCCACCGACGUCCAGGAGGUGAUUGCUGGUGAGGUCUACACCGUCGACGUCGAGAUCUGGCCAACCAACGUGGUUCUCCUGCCGGGCGAGAUGUUGGAGCUUCAGGUUUCCGGUACGGACAGUGAGAAUGUCGGCAUCUUUGGACACGAUCAUCCAGAGGACAGACCUUGGGAGAAGCUGCUGGGUUACAAUGAGCUUCACAUCGGUCCUCAGCAUGAGAACUUCCUCAAGCUCCCGAUCAUCCCUGAGAAAUAG